AGCAGAGUUUAUUAAAAGCGCAGAACUCGUGAGCUACGGACGUGUUUCUGCUACGCUCGAGCGCCUCGCUCGUCUAAUCUUCUGCUGUCUUCGUCUUCGUCUCCGUUACAGUCUCCGGCGCAUCUCUCUCGCAGUGACUGCGAGUCGUGAAAUCGUGUCACAAUUGAUUGAAUUUUGUGUGCAAGUCGCAACAGCGAAAAUAAAUACGGGAAAAAAUUAAUAUUACAUAUUAUUUGUAUUUGGCAAUAAGGUAUCUUGUGUGCACGCCGGUGCAGAUUGCGUCGUCCGCGUCGUCGCGCUGCCGAUUUUGUCAUCCCUGACAGCAUCAUCUCGUACGGUUGGCUUUUGUUGGCAUCAUUGUUAUUCUGCCUACGCGCUAAUUAUUCCUCGCGGCUUUUGGGCAAUGCCCAAUUCUAAAAAUUCGGUUGCGUGACAAAUUCGAACACCAAAAAUCCUACAGCCACAACAACUACAAACAUAGCCUAAUUUCGAGUUGCCAAAACCGAAAAUGCAAACGCGCAGUUUAAAGUCGGAGCAGCGCAGUCGCGCAGGCGCCGGUGUAACCGUUACGCUGCUGCUAGCUCUGGCGCUACUGAAGAUCGACGCCGCAGCUGGAAGGCCUGAUGUUCGGCAAUCGCCAUUUUCAUUAGAAUUGCAGCCGCCAUUGCUUGAGGCAGCAGCAGAGGAUGCUUUCCAAGCGGGCGGCGAUCGGACCAUUGAUAGCUAUGGCAAUCCCAUUGAUGCACUGCGUCCGAUCGACACGCCCGACGGCCGCAAGGUGGUCAGCGCCCAGGGCUUGCAAUUCGAGAUACCCACAUAUGCGUCGGGCAUUACCGAGAUACGAAAGCCUGCCGAUGACCUGCUGCCACCGCACAUUGGUGAGUUGACAACAACAACAACAACAACAACAACAGCAAAGGGUACAGCAGCAGAUGGCAACGCCAGCGGUGCAACAACAGCAAAAGCAACAGCAACAACAACAAAUGCAACAUCAUCAACAUUGAGCAAAGGCAUAAAUCAAACACGCAACUCACAAGCGGCAAUAGCAGGUGUCUUAGCACCUGGUAGCACUAUUAGCACCACUAGCAUAAGCUUCACAGCCACGCCCAUGCCCACGCCCACAUCCAUAUCCACGCCCACAUCCAAACCCUCUUCACCUGUAGUAGAACUAACAAAUGCACAUUACGACCCCGAUUCGAACCAUGUCAAGCGCGAAUCAUCCGCACAGCAAUAUGUCAUUGCACCGGCAAGUCCCAAACAUGCACCACCCACCUUUACCCUGCUGACACUCAAUCCACAGUUCAUUCCCGCAUUUGCACCCAUUAUUAUAAGAACCCCAGCAACGUCCCAAGAGGCUAGCUCUAAAGAGAAUAAAAAGAAUUCUAAGCGCAUUGAUAGCAUUGCCGGCACAUACUCAACUCCAACUCCAACUCCUUCCCAACUAGAUGCCAUAGCGGUGGCGCUACCCACCUCGGACAUCGACAGCACCGACAACAACACCUCAUUAGCACCAGCACCAGCCACAUCACUAACACCCCCAAAGCAUGAAUCAUCAACUACCUCAGCGGAUGUCUCUGUCGAAGUGGAACAGGCCCAGCUGAUCCCAUUGCCCCAGCAACAGCAGCAGCAGCAGCAGCAAGAGGAAAGUGCCCAGGCGCCUCAACUGGCCAGCGGCACCUUGCCCGACUACCUCCUGGAGCUGCAGCAGCAGGAUAAGGAUAUUGCCGGACCUGUGCCUUGGACACCAGCGCCGAAUGGUGCGCCCCUCAGUGUGAUUGCCUGGGAUCUGUUGCCGCCAUUCGAAACGCCUCGAGAGCCACAAACCGAGCCACAAAUCAUCACCGAACAGCAGCCCACAAAGCAUGUGCUGGGCGUGGAGCAGCCGGGCAGUCACAACAUACGCGUCAGUCUGAGCAGCAGCCAAGGCCUGUCGCCGGUGGCACCCGCACCCCUGACGCCGGGCCAAGUGGCUUUUGUGACCGUGGAGCAGGAUGGACCCGAUCAGAUUGGCACCAAUGCACAUAUUGGAAGCACCACGCCACGCAACGGGUCACGAUUUCCCAAUCGUCAUCGCGGCACGGUCCAUUACAGCACAACCUCAACCACACAGAAGCCACGCAGUACCACCACAACCACCGCUGCAACCACCACAGCCAUUCCAUCCACAACACGAAGAGUGACCCCCCCAACAACAACAGCAACUACAACAACAACAACUACUCCCACUACUACCACAACACCACGCCCACACACGACACAAGUACCCAGCACGAGCACCACACCUGUGGAUCCAUCCACCUUCUAUAAGCUGGACAAUGAGGAGGCCUAUGCCUACACAUUGCCACCGUGGCUGCAAGAGGUAACCGAUCCGGAUCUGGAUGUGGCCGUCACCUUUAUAGUGCCCACCGACAAUGAUCAGUACAAUCACAGCCUGGCCGUGGAUCUAGAGCCGCCUUUCGAGCCGUUUGUAGACCUGCACAACCUUCAGCUGACACCACCGCCUCAUGCGGAGCCAGCAAGCACGCGACCCACACAAGCACCAACAAGCACCUCCACAACGACAACCACAACAACAACGACGACUACAAGACGUCCGUUGGCCGUUGCACUACCAACAGCAGCGCGCACCACUAAAGCACCCAUUCUGAAAGCACAAACAACCACUCAGCGACCACUUGAACAACCACAACUGAUUUCAACCACAACCCAAACAGCGCCAGCGAAGACGAGCACGACGCCAGCGGCGCCUGUUGAGCCGAAUCCUUUUAACUCGGCUACGUUGCCACCGUGGCUGCAAGAUUUCGAUUAUCCUGAUGUGGGUCCCGGCGUGCCCUAUAAUCCGGACAACUUUAAGGAGACGCCUGCCGCAGCAAGUGGCCAGAAACCGGGAGCUACCAAGCCCAAUGACUUUCAGCCUCAGGGCUUUGCAGGUAGCCACAUUAGAUCUCAGUUAACAGAACCAACAACAACAACAACAACAUCAACCACCUCAGCGCCAGCUGAUACCGACUCCUCCGCUUUUCCAUCCAAAGUCACGCUUCCGCUUCCAGCCAUCAGCAGCAGCAGCCACAGCAGCAGCCACAACCCAGGUGGCCCUGAGUCAAACACUGUGGAGCCGCCGCUGGUGCUGAUCCCGCCUGUCGCCAACAGCGACGAACCAUCUCCAUUUAGCAGUAGCAGUGGCAGUGGCAGUGGCAGUGGCAGCGAUUCCAGCAGCCAACCGCCGCCUGCCUCAGCCCUCAACCCUACUACAAACUCAUAUCCGCAUUUUACAGCACGCUUCGAUUCGCCUGCUUCUGGCCAGGAAACGCAAAGCUCAACGCCUACGGCAGCGCCACAAGGAACAGCCGCUGCUGAGGAACAGUUCCCACCUUUCAAUGGCAAUGCGGCAGACAGUCCGAAGGUUGAGUACACCAAGAGCGACGAGGGCAAGGUCAUAAGCACACCCGUUAACACGCUGCGCAAGGAUGCGCAAGAUAACAACGUAUUCCAAGCAUCCACCGCCGCAUCGCCGGCGGCGGCGGCCAGUAAUACGGGCAAGUAUACGGGCGGCUUUGGAGCCCCGGCUGGUCUAUUGCGUCCACAAAGUGCCGCAAGGCCGGACAUCUAUGUCGCUGGCAAUGAGCAUGAGUUCAGCACCAAUGUCAAGGCCAACAAGGUGCGUCCGGGUGAUGUGCCCAAUGCCAACGGCGGCCGCUAUACGGGCGGCUUCGGUGCGCCCAGCGGCGUGCUCAGUCCCCAGAAUGCGCCCAGACCCUUCCAGCAAACGCAACAGCCACAGCCACAGCCCCAGCCCCAGCCACAGGCCCAGCCACAGCAACAGCCCCAACUUCAGCCCCAACAGACGCAGCUGUCCAGUUCACAGCCCCAGCAGGUCGGUGCUGCUGCGAGCCAUCAUCAGAACCGCUUUGGAGGUCCCCCUGGCGUCCUUGUGCCGUUCGACAACGUGCAGCGUACCGGUGGGCAGUAAAAGGCAAUUGGGCGUGGCCUCAUCCAUUGCAUGAAACUACUGCAAGUACUUUAAAUUAUUUAUAAAGCAUGUAUGUAUGUUAAAGUUGAAGUUCUCGAUGUAUGAGUAGUUAAAACGAAUACGAAUUUUGUGUCGAAAAAAAACAAUCAUCAUAUGUUUAUACAUACGAUAAAGGUAUAUAUAUCUAUGUAUAUAUCAUGUAAAAUGUUAUUUACAUAAUAAACUUUAGAAAUAUAACAUAA